UCAGUGAGUCUGCACAUGCGCACUUUCCAACACAGACGUCACUUUUACUGCACAUGCGCACUUUUCAACACUGCCGUUUAUGUUCGUAGAAGAAGAGAAACAAACAAACGGGCGGGUUUAGUUUCCAGACGAGAUCGUUCCGAUAAAACGUUCCAGAUGAAUCAGAGGGACUCCUCCUCCUCCUCCUCCUCCUCCUCCUCCUCCUCGCUGUCUCCAGCUGGUGUUCUUCUGUCCAGAUGUGUCUCAGUAGGAGCUCUGUCUCAGGAGGACCUCGACUCCUCCUCUUCAGACUCAAGCCCCGCCCUCUCCCCUCACCUGCAGGAGGCAGAAGAGCGAAUCAGAAUCCAAAGAAACCUGGACCAGCUGCAGCUUCAGAUUGAGCUGCUGAAGGUGGAGAAGAAGAACGCAGACGUCGCCCACACCUUCCACCUCACUGGGAGGCUCCAGAAGCUGCAGAUGUUGGGGGAGCAUCUGCAGGAGCUGCUGAGGAACCAGAAGAGCGUGAGGCAGAGACUGACGAGGCCCCUGGAUCAGACCAGCCUCCCGGUCCAGGCUCACCUGCACAGAGAGGUGGUGGAGUCACUGCAGCUGAUGAUGGACUUCAUCCAGAGUCUGGAGGAGAAGCUGAGCUCAGCCCAUGAACACGUCUCCACAGCUGAACAUCUGCUUCUGCUGAACACCUCGCUCGCCCAGCUCCUGGACCAAUCAGCAGAGACGGAGGUUUUGUCCAAUCAGCUCCUUCAGAAGCCGGUGACCUCUGACCCCACAGCUCCAUCAUAAUCCUCCUCUUCCUCCAAGACUGAAGCUGACAUCAUGUAACUUUAGUUUCUCACCUUUGACCUCUGACCGAGAGACUUUCACAAUAAGUGCUGGAGGUUCAGUUCAGCCACAAACACAACAGGAGAAGAAGAAAGAAAUUGAUAAACGAGGUAAAAUUUUACCUGGAGACAACUUGAUGAUCAACUAUAAGAAAGUUGGAGACGUUUCAGGACCAGGAUCCAGAUCCUCCUCAGCUCAGAAUGAUCAUCAUUCAGUUCUCAUCAAUAAAGGGAUCACAUGUUUUAGAUUACGGAGCAGAAAGUGAUGUCUGGUUUAGAAAAUGAAUAAAUGUACAGCAACAAUGUGACAUUAAUAUUCUGUUAUUUCAUUUAUUUAGUCGUGAAUGAUUUGGUCUGAGCUGAUCGAUGUGUCGUCUAUUAGAGACUCUUAUUUUAUCAUAACCUAAUGAUGAACCAAGACUUAACCCCCAAACAUCACUCUGAUGGUAGGAAACAGACAGAAUCAUAGCUCAGUGUCGGUCACUCUUGACUCUAUUAACACUUCAGACUCUUUUAUAAUUUAUUUGUAAUAAUAUUAUAAGUUUUUAUAUAUUUUUUAUUAUUGUAGGAGACAGGUAAUCUAAGAGGAGUAAUCCUCAAACUUCCUCUAGUCCCUUAGACCUGAUGAUGAAAUGUCUUCUCUAAACUCUACAAGUCCAGAUGUUUUCCUUUGUUUGUUUGUUUUUAAAAAAAGGUGUUUGAAUAUAAACCAGACCGUGAGGACUGAGAACCCUCACAGACGAUUAAUAAAUAAUUAUUCUAAUUAA